UAGUGUUUAGCAACAAUGUAAACACGCUUCAUGAUGAAGAAAAAAUGAAUGAUAUUGUAAAUGAAACCAGUGCUUAGGAAAAUAACAUGUAUUUUUUUGUGAGGUGAGCGCAGUGUCAAGGAUGGCAGACUUGUUCCGCUAUGCUGGUGAUAUAGUGUUUGAUGGACAUCCACCAUUUCCAGGUCAAAUUAUGGAUGUGCAGCUCAAACAAUUUUCAGAGACCAGUAAUUUCCUACAGUGCACCAAAGCUCUAAGUCCUCGGUAUCCAUAUUUCUUUGGUCAGAUACGAGCACUGUCAACAAAGAGCAAGAUAACCAUUGGGAUAGCUGGACCUAACCUUGGUGAUGAUGCCCAUCCUGGGAAAUGGAACAGGACAGUGGGCUACCACAGCGAUACUGGCAACUGCUAUACAUGUCAUAGUGACAUCGCAAAUAGCAAUGGAGAAAGGUUUAGGAUUGGUGACACAUUUGGAGUAAUGAUCACCUACUUUGGCCAAACUAUGUCCACUGUGAUGUUUGUGAAGAAUGGAAAACCAGUGGCAACAAGAUACCAUUUUGAAACAAACCAUGAAGAUUUCUUGCCAACAAUAACAUUGGAGAAUGGUCCAAUAGACAUGGGUAUAAUGUGGCCAGAAGCUGCUAUAGGUGUGCCCAGGUUUGAUGAUAGGAACAUGCUCCAGUGGAUGCAUGCCAAACAUAUCCAAUAUGAUAUCGCCAAACAGAUAUUUACAUAUAACGAACCUCCUGGUCAUCCAGUAGAGUUUGCUACCAUACAAAGUCCGCAACCACUAGAAACAGGUUUUCAGCAUUUUGAGAUUAUCGUACAGGAUAUGGAUACAUCUGGAGUAUGUCCUGCAAUAGGUGUCGCCACCUGUAGUCCCAUGUCUCCAACUCCUACCUGUGAACUCUUAAGGGACUUCUUUAGAUGGGAAGCAGAUGGGAAAGUGUUAAAGGUGAAGUCUGGCUCAGUGGUGGGCAUUGGUGUUUAUUACAAUCCAGAGGAGCAGAAAAAGCCUGAUUUUGACUGCAGGUCACAACAGUUGGUCAUGGUCUUCCUAACGUUUGACAAGGAGGUCGCUCUUGCCAAACACAUGAUACAGCCAGAAGGCGGCUUCUUUCCACUUGUAGUUCUCAGGAGUGAUUGUUCAAAGGUAAAGAUUGACACACAGUCACACCGAACAAUUCCUAUCACGGAGUACCAGCAGUACGAUGAUUUGUACUGGGAAACUUUUGAGGAAGCUCAGGACAUAAUCAUGGAAGACACACUUAGAAGAGUUCUGCGGCCAUUUAUGUUCAGGAAGUCUGAUGCUAUAGACAUUGAUAUACCAGAGUAUAAUAUGCAUGAAGUUCAGCCUCCUGACAUGAGUAAACUGCAUUGUACAAUACGUCUUGAAGCAGAACACCUGGGCAUACAUGUGGUACAGUUUCUAGUACCAAUGACAACAGAAAUGAACCAUUAUUACAUGGAAAUCAAAACUCUAAAUGAAGAUUCUGUGGUAACCAUUGGGUUAGGUGAUGACCAGUUCCCUCUGAAAAAACACCCAGGGAAGGUCAACAACUCAACAGGCUGGUCCUCACGAGGCGGUCUCAUGUAUUACAAUGGCAGCUGCCUGGGUCAUACGUUGGGGGAGCGGUACGAGGAAGGUGAUACAGUGGAGCUGGAGUUGAGAAACAUUGGUCACAAGUGGCCGGUGGUGUUGUUCAGUAAGAACACCAAGGCUGUUGGCACACGCCACUAUACUGUGUUAGACCCGUCCCAGAUGCUGCCCACCCUAUCCCUGUGUGGUAAUGGCUAUGCGGUGGAGGUCAGGGUGUUCUGGCCUCUAAAGAUCUUUAAGACUGGAGAUACAGCAGUGAACCGUAUAAAGAACUGGAUAAUGCCCAGUGGAUCAGAAGUGGAUGAGGACAACAAUAUCGCCAUGGUUUCCGACCACAUAGAACCUAUCAUGCUACAGUCACCGUAUCCCUUCAUGCCAGAUAAAGAUUUCGACUUCUUUGAGAUAGAGCUUAUAGACGACUUUGAUGCUGAACACAUUCCAGCAGGUAUAGCAGUGAGCACUCCCUGUUUCCAGGAACUCCAGCUGGAACUAUCCUCUAUUUAUAGACAAGACACUGUCAGGUUUUUGGCUCAGCAAGAAGCUUUGGAUGCUGUAACUAAAGGCCAGAAGAUUGGAUGGGGAAUGAUAAUCCCUGAAUCUGAGAAAGACAAGGAGGACAAGUUGGUGAUCCUCUACCUUUGUAUAGAUAAGAGCAUUGCCAUCACCCGGGUCAUGUACCUCCCUCAGGGAGGGUUUUAUCCCUUCAUUAUACUACCUCCGUCAGUAAACAGAGUGAAAAUGACAAACACAGUCCAUAUUGCCGAACAUCCUAUCACCCCACAGAUACAAGAAGAGCUCAUCAGCCAAGCAAAAGAAGUAAUUGCCAAAGAAAAGGAGCAACUUGCACAGGGCAAGGAUCCACUUGACAUGGAGAUAGAAAAAACAAAACUGUUCAAAGUGUGGGACGAUACCAAAACAGAAACACCAUCCAAAAUUGAACCGUCCAGACUUGCAAUGGUUGCCAUGACAGCAACAGUGAUUGAACGGAAACGGGCAGAAAUAAGAAACUCAAAGUCAUGUGUGAUAUUGUGAUAAUGAUUUUAUGUUUAUUUCAAUUGCAUCUUCAUGUCAAACAAUUGUGGACAUAUAUGCGUGGUACGUAUUUACAUGGAAAGAUUGGUCACUAUGAAUUGGUCAAAAGUGAAUUAUAAGUGUGGAUUCUUACCCCUGUUCACAGACAUUUUCAUAAGGGACAUUUCAAAAGGUUAAAGGAUUAAAAUUUAUUUGUGUGAUUAUUGGGUUCUGAUAAUUGACUAGAAACCUGUGGUUACUACAGGUCUGCUUUGGUUUUUCCUCCUGAAAUCCUAAAAUGUUCACAGGUUAUAAUAAUCUGAUACUCAGUUAUAAGGAGGAUUUAUCAGGAUUAACAUUUAUCUGAAGAACAUACCAGCUGAAUCGAGUUGAUUAUGCUUUAAAACUAAUUCACUCAGAGAGAUAUACACUCAAGUUUCAUUAAUCCAUUGCAGCCACCAUUGAUCUAUGGCUUUUCCCUCAGUCCAACCUUGUUCAUACAGCUACCAUUGCUCUAUGGGUUGUCCAACGGUCCAACCUUGUUCAUACAGCCACCAUUGAUCUAUGGGUUGUCCCACGGUCCAACCUUGUUCACACAGCCACCAUUGAUCUAUGGCUUGUCCCUCAGUCCAACCUUGUUCAUACAGCUACCUUUGAUCUAUGGGUUGUCCCUCAGUACAACCUUGUUCAUACAGCUACCAUUGCUCUAUGGGUUGUCCACCGGUCCAACCUUGUUCA